CCUAUUGUAGGGAUGGACUCUACCAUUAACAAGGGAAAGUGCACAGAUGAUGGAUGAAGUCAAAGGGAUUACACACGCGUCACUAUCAUUCUGGCUGAAUUUGUAAUCACAGUUGAUCUGGCUUUUUUUUCCCCACCAUGGGCUUUGAUCAAAACCCCUCUCGGGAGUAGUUUCCAGUCAGUUAAAGUGUUUUUGGGAGAGUCUUGCGUUUCAGUUUUGCAGAGUGAAGUAAAACAUACUGGAAUCCCCAUCCAGCUGUAUUUAAGGAGCUUUGGAGGCAUUUCAAAUCAAUGGGUUGAAUGAAAUUCCACAGAGAUGGAUAACAUGAUGAGAAAAGUAACACCAAACCAUGCAGUACCUUUAACAUGCAUUUUGAACUGCACAUGGAUGUUGGUUCUUAUUUCUUCUUCAUUUGCACUGAAACCUGCCAAAACUCCUGUGAUAGGAAAAAAACCUUUUAUUGCUGCUUGGAAUGCACCUAUAGACCUCUGUACAACAAAGUACAAUAUAAGUGUCAAUCUCAAAAUGUUUCACAUCAAUGGGAGCCCAAGGGCUUCUUUAACAGGACAGAAUGUCACCAUAUUUUAUGCAAACAGACUUGGAUACUAUCCUUUCUACACUGAACAGGGCUUACCAGUAAAUGGCGGGAUUCCACAGAACUGCAGUUUGGAAACUCAUCUACUAAAAGCAGAUGAGGACAUUAAGUUUUAUAUACCUUCAGCCGAUUUCAGUGGACUGGCAAUUAUAGACUGGGAAUACUGGAGGCCACAGUGGAAGCGGAACUGGUACAAGAAGGACAUAUACAAGAGGAAAUCCAGAGAGCUAAUAUCCAAGGCCUAUAUAAAUGUUACUGCUGAGCAAAUUGAACAUUUAGCCCAGGACAGGUUUGAGCGAAGCGCCAUGGCAUUCAUGAAGCAGACAGUUGAGCUUGGAAUUCAAAACCGUCCGAAAGGCCUGUGGGGCUACUACCUGUACCCAGACUGCCACAAUUACAAUCUUCAUGAAGAGAACUACACAGGCUCCUGCCCUGUGUUGGAAAGCCUUAGGAAUGAUGAACUCUUCUGGCUAUGGAACAGCAGUACAGCUCUCUUCCCAUCCGUAGCUAUUAAGAAAUCUCAUGCGGACAGCAUCAACAACUUACACUUCUCCAAAUUCCGAGUCCUUGAAUCCAUGAGGAUUGCUUCCAUGACAUCAAUGGAUUAUGAUCUGCCAACAUUUGUCUACACUCGCCUUGGAUACCGCGAUGAUCCACUGUCAUUUCUGUCAACGCAAGAUCUUAUUUACACUAUUGGUGAAAGUGCAGCCUUGGGUGCUGCAGGAUUUGUUAUUUGGGGAGAUCUCAAUCUGACCUCAUCCAGGCAUAACUGUUCCAAAGUAAAGUUGUUUAUGAGUUAUGAAUUGGGUCUGUAUAUCACAAACGUGACAAAAGCAGCUGAAGUGUGCAGCGAGUUUCUCUGCCAGAACAACGGGAGGUGUGUGAGAAAGGAUUGGCAGGCCCUUCACUAUUUACACUUGAACCCAAAUAGCUACAUGAUACAGCCUUCAGAGGAGGGUAAUCCCUUUGAUGGGGGGAAGGGCGUGGCUUCGACACGGUCCUCCCUGCUGACCUGGCAUCAGCCCCUCUUUCAGAGGGUGGUGGCUUCUUCUUCGCCCUUUAACAGGCGGGACCAGCGGCCAAAUAGUCCAUAAUCACCACUUCACCAUACCCAAACAAGCAGUCAUGAUCCCGACAUUGAAUAAGCACAUUUUGUUGUAUAGUUGUUGUUUUGUUUUUUUUCUAUACAGUUUUACCUGAUUCUGAACCACAUAUUACAUGGAUUUGUAGGCUUUUUGAUGUACUUGUUUAAUAGAUAUAGGAUUUCAAGUUUGAAUUAAGGAGGGGGGUAUGAUGGGAAUAACAAUAUAAAUCUCUAUCAGGGAUGCUUGGAUUAGUUCUCCAAUAGCUCACAUAGUAAAGGCACAUUGAUGUGCAAGUGCAGGGUGAGUUAUGUGAUCAAAAGAUUGCUAGUUCAAAUCAUGUUGGCACCAAGUGGACAAUAUUGGCUGGGGUGGUUAUGGUAAAAGAAGGGAGACUGACAAGAUCAAAUCCUAUAUUAGUAUACUCUGAUGUUGAUGUGGAACAGCAUAUCUCCAGUGAUGAUCCCAAAUAUUACAUCACUUUUAUUUACAUAUUUCACAAAUGUUGUUAUGUACAUAUUUUCCCCUAUUUCAUCUUAACACGUUUUGUUAUCCAAAUAAUGGUUGAACUGUUGGUGAAAAGUAAUUCAAUAUUUCUAUGCAUUACAUUGGGUGGGUUUGCACAUGAUGCAUCGACGGUCAAAGUCCAAACAAAAAAAGCCCUUUCCAACAAUAUUCCAAAGUCUUUCCUGUUCUCCAUGCCCAGUUCAUGGUGCCAUGUACCCAUGAUGAUGUAAAUCCUUCUUUUAAGCUUAUUUGUAAUACAGUAGUUCCAAUUUUAACUUGAAACAAAUAUUUUAAGUGACUGAAAAAUGUGAUACAAUAUUCACCAAUCUAGUACAUUAAUGUAGUGAAAUAAUUACCUACAAUGGCUGACAAAUGUUUCAGAGAAAAUCUUCUGCAUUAUUAUAUUUCUUCUGUGGUAAAUACUGUACCUUCCAGUAGUUGUUUUUUAAUAUCUGUUGUUUUUUAUAUAUUUUUGUUGUUGUUGUUGUUUUGUGGGGUGGGUAGAGAGUCAUAGGAUUUAAAACUAGUUAUAUAUAAGAGGUAACAGAAAUUGAAGACAAUAUUAAAACAAACAUAUCCAAGGCCUUUUCUGAAAAGAUUGAAACAAUAUUUGUACAAUAUUUUUAAAGUUUAAAUGGGUGAUUCAGUGACAUGAAAUUGAAUGUUAUAUAUAAGCUAUAAAUACAUAAAAAAAUAAUCAUUUAGCUAUGAUGUCUAAAACAGUAAGAACAAUAUCUGUGCACAUGUACAUGAUUGUGCUACAGAAUUAUAUAUCUAUUUAUCUUAUCGUGGAAUGACUGAUAUUGGAAAAUUGUACUGUAGCAUCAUUUUAAAAUGUUUACAUACUUAUAAUGUGUAUAUGUUUAUAUAAAAUGUCUGUGUGACAUAAUGGGAACAAGUGAUUUGUAUUGCCAUCAGUGAAACUUUAUAAAAUUAUAUAUAAUUUGAUAAAAGUUUGGACUAUUCUCGUCAAAUUAUUGAAACAUUGAUUGGGUACAUUUUUUUGUUAUUAUAAGAUUACAUGUUUUUUUUUUUUUGUUUGUUUUGUUUUACUGUGUUUUAAGG